UUAUUUCAAAGCACAACACACGGUCUCCUGGAUCCAGCACAGCAUUUCUACCUGGCAGAGACUUGGUAGCAGAAAAAAGAAGUAAACAAAAACUUAUGCGAAUUUGUUCCCACAAACAGCGCCUUUGGCUUUAAUUUAACUCAUUUUCUAGCGAAGGUAUGCAAAAACUCACCGUUAAGUGCGGCGGGGCGUAGGCCAGGGGCGUAGGCCUGUAAAACUUCAUCGAUUUGUAAUCGUGAUUCUUUAUCAAACGAAAUAACCAUGGACCUAGCUGAGAUGAUGAAGACAAUCAUGGCAAAAGAGGCUGGGCUGAAUACAGGUGUCAGCUCAUCAGUUACUGCAUCAGGAGUAAACUCAGCAAUUCUUGCUGGCAGCUCCACGUCCAUCUCAGGUUCAGCCUCAAGUGGUCAAGCAUCGACCACAGGCACUCCUUUUGGUACCACGUACAUCACAGAGAAACUGUAUACAGUUCUUCAAAUGUAUCUGCAGCACAAAGGAUGGAACUCAGUGGAGCUUUUACAGUGCUUUGCUGAAAUGAAAGAAGCUGCAAUGAUACCAAACGCAGCAGCUUAUUUACAAAUGAUGGCAUCAAGAGUAACUCUUGAUUCUCAGGGACGAUUGGUGCAUCGAGAAAAUGGAAAACUAAUUUUACCAUUUGAACAUUUUGCCAAUGCUGUUAUGUUGAAACAUAUGAACAGGCCACAUUCAAUGCAUUUGAAUCUCGAGGCAACUGUGAGAGCAGUUAUGGAGUCCUACACAAUUGGAAGAGACUACUUUGGUAUGGAAAAGGAGUUUAUCUACGAAGUAGUUCAAAACUGCCCUGAGUGUCGAUAUUACAAAAGUCAAAUGCCAUCAUAUCAUCCCAUUCCGGAUAAUAAUGAUAAGUCAUCCAAGGGUUUAAAAGACCUUCUACCUGUUACCCAGAGGCAACAUCAAGAUUAUAAGUCUUCUUCAAGAGGCCAGGUAUCUCAGUCACUUGCUGACGCUGCUAGCAUUUUGCGAGCUAGUACAGGGACUCCUGCACCGUUUUCCAAAAGUUCAUCUUCAAAUGAGUUUUCUCAAAGCAACAUGUCUUUAGAUAUAGGAAGUCAGUCCUUGGGAGACUUAAAAACUGUCAAUGCUAUGCUUGAAUUGAGUAGAGCAAAGGCUGCUGCUGCUGCUGCAGCUGCUGCAGCAGCCACAAACAUUCCUAGCAGAAGUAAUACUCCUGCACCUACUCGAGCACAACUAUUAAAUGCAGCGGUAGCGGCUCAGCAGCAGCAACUCCUGGCAGAGAAAGCUGUUCGCAACCUACAACAAGAAAAACAGCAACAACAACUUCAACAUCUUCAACAGCAACAACAGUUGCAGUUGCAACAGCAACAGCAACAGCAGCAGCAACAGCAACUUCAGCAACAGCAGCUUCAGCAACAGCAACAGUUACAUCAGCAACAAAUUCAGUUACAGCUACAACAGCUUCAGCAACAGCAGCAACAAAUUCAACAGCAGCAACAGCAGCAACAGCAGCAACAGAAGCUUUUACAACAGCAAAAGUUACUUGAUCAUUUCCCCACAAUGCUUGAUCCAAAACUAACAGAUUUCCUUCGGUCAAAUUUGGACAAUUUGGAUAACUUUUCAAGUUCAAACAAAGAUCUGCUUGCCCUACACAACGGUGCUUGGUCUUCACAUGAGGAUCAAGGCUCUUACAAAAGAUCUAACAUGGAAGGUGGGCAGGAGAAAAUAGUUCGUGCUUUUGCAGAAGUGAUGAGAAAUUUGCAUCGCAUGAAAAUGUGUAUCAGACCAUCCAUGUGUAAACCAUAUGGAAAACAAUCUGAAAUGUUGCAAAAAACUCUGGAAGACACCCUCCUACUUGUUCAAGCCAUGCGGUCUUUUCUCCCUCCUCCACAGUAUUAAACCCGCUUAAAUGUUAUGAAAGCUUACUUUUGACUCUGAUCUGAACAUAGCUUUCUGUAUGCACAGAUAUGCACAUCGAGCUUCCACUCAUGUCAUGUUAUUCUUGAUAAUUUAAGAUAUAAUUUCAAUCAGUAUCAGUCCAUGUAACUGUGUUAAACAUGUGAUGCUAGAAUCAUGUGAAAGACAAAAGUGUCUGUAUUCUCAUAUCGAUGCUGGAUUACUCUCUCCAAAUGUAUCCUUAAACUUGGUGGGCACAGCAUUCUAGUCUAGUCAGUUGAAAAACAUGGGUUCAUGAAUCAUGACUUUUUGGAUAUCUGUGAUAUAAUUUUUCAUCUUGUAAACUACUUUUUAUUGUAUGUGUUUUUGUAAUUUAUUAUCUGGUGCUAUUGUUUUGUGUAAAACUAUGAAGAUGUGUUGAAGCCUGUAAUUUAUUUUGUAUCUAAAUAAGCUCCAAUGCUAAGCUUUUAUUCCCCCCUUGUCUUUUAAACAGGUAUGUAAUACUACCUACUUCAUCCGUAAGUUCUAUUAAAUGGUUUGAGUAUGUGCUAUUAGUUCACCUUCAAGUCUUAUUGACUGUCAAAUUGUAGCCAGUAUUAUUGUGAAAAUGCUGCUGUAGGUGCAUAGCAGUACUUAACUCAUAUAGGAUGUGGAGACUGCCUGCUGAAAUAAUUCACAGUAGAAUGUUAACUGUUAAUGUCAUUUUUCUUUUCUUUCUACUUUCCAUUGUUAACUAUGUUUUGUUUGUUAAUGUCAGUUUGUUUCAAAUUUUAUUGCUUCAGUUUGUUAUCUUGGAUUAAGCUCAUGUGAUUUUUUGUUUGAAAGAAAAUGCAAAUCAGUAUGUGCUGUUAAAACCCUUUUAAAUCUUCUCACCAAUCAAAAUGUUAGAUUUUAUGAAAGUUUUUUUUUCUUUCUAAGCUUUAGGUUACAGCUGUGACAUUCAUCAAAAACACUCUAAGAUAUUAGGAUAAAGAAAUGCAAGGAAUCAAAAUACCAAGCUAAACCUGGGUGAUUAAUUAAGAUGGUGUUGCUUUGGUUGGAGUGACUGGUGCAGUCAAAUUGGGACCGCGUUUAAUUGUAUUGUAUCAUGUAUGUAGAUUACCAUAAGAACCAUUUUAUUGCUUAUCCUUCCACUUAUUGUACAAACCAAUAUCCCUAAUUCACAAUUCUACAAGACAUUGCUAUGCUGUGGAAGAUUUCCUCUUAGGAACUGGUUUUAUAUCUAAUAUCAGCUUUGCAACCAUGUUUCUGUGCUAUUAAGUAUCAGAUGUAAAUAGAUUUUAAAAACUCAGGCCAUAAGUCUUGCAAACUACCAUAAAACCUUGGCUUUGCCUUGAGGUUAACUCAUUUCUCAUUUACUUUGGUAAGGAAUAAUCUUGCUUUAAUUAUUCAUGCCUGAAGUUAGUGUUCUAUGUUCGGAUACCUGUUAAAAUCUACUACCUACAGUACUCGUAUUUAGCGUGGUUGUUUAUUAAUUCCAAUUUGUGUAAUUGUAUCGGAUGUGGAUCAGUAUUGAAGUCAAUCUUUGUUUUUAGGCUAAUUGAUUAGCUACAUUUACAUUCUUUGAUGACAUCGUUGUUAUUUUUGUGAUCAAGUUUCUCUAAUCAUUUUAGGAUAUUUCAAAUUACGUAAAUUAAAUUUGCGACAUUUUUUUUAUUAAUUGGAAAAAGAAAACAUCACUAUUCAUGGUAUAAACUUCCUUCCUAAACAAUCAAAUAAUCUAGUCUGUUUGACUGAAAAAAGGGGGUUAACAGGUCUCUCACACAAUUAUUUUUUCUUGUAUCUGUCUGAAAAUAUCUUAUAAGAUAAUAUUAUGUAUUUGGCUUUAAAAGCCUUCCUUUUAAUUUUUUGUCAUUGUGAUCUGCAAAAUUUGAGCAUACUACAAGGAAAGGCAUUGUUCCUUCUUCCUCCAUGCAAGGGUUAAGUUUCUUAAGAGAAAGCGCUAUGUAGCUCCUUAAUGCUUUUUUCAAGCAUGUGCUAUCAGAGAUAUGUAACAUGUAAUCAAAAAUGUCGUAUUUUAACACUGACAUCUGACAGACAUCUGACAGUUAUUGUAAUCUUAACAAAUUUCCAGCAUCUCACAAGUGAAUCUCUUGUAUCCAAAAGGACAAUAAAUACAGUGACAGUG